UGGCGAAGGCUGUAUGGCCCAGCUUUGGUGUUGAUAUUGGUAGUGGCGGUGACGACUGCACGCGGACUGGACGUGGUCAAGUCACGGCAGGACGGGCUCGAGGCGUCGGUGGUGCGGGAUGGGGCAGUUGCCCCCUCCUUCUCCGCAGAAGCGAGCCCGGUUGCUCCUGACUGGAUGCCGUGGCCGUUUCUCUCCUCCAUCUUCUCUCCCUUUACGCGCCUCUACGAGGAACACGCCCCGCAGAGCCACUUUCUCGUACGGCACCACGCGCCCAUAGAGGUCACCAACUUUGGCGUGGUCGAUGGCUUGGGCCAGAUCUCCAGGACUGAUCCUUUGUUGAAGGUGAGCACUACGCUCAAGAGCUCUAGUGGUAUCAACAGCGAGGCCGUGAAGGAGAAGGAUGAGGGUGGGUUGUACGUGUACCACCUCGAGCUGGACUACGAGUGCAACGAAGAAGACCCGGUGAAGCGGUUGGUUGUGGUUCAGCUGCGCGAGCAGGCUGGCGAUGCGCCUAGCGACCAGCAAGUAGAGACGGCGCCCAAGCUCACCUUCAUGUUCAGAAAGCAGUGUCCCCUCCCGCGGCCGGCACCCCUCGACAAGCUGGUCUUGAAGACUCACCAAAAAGGGCAUCACGACGGUUCAGGCGAGGCCGAGGAGUGGCCAGUCACGGCAUUGUUCACGACCUGGAGAGAUGGCCUGCGAGGCGGCUCCCUGUUGAUCGCCUCACCGUCAUCGUCGUUGGGCGAAGAGAGUAUCUAUUACCGCUUCCGCUGGCCCGCACUGAUGGUGGUGGUAGAUGAGGCACAGCAGCAGGAAGGCUACGGCCACGCGCGGGCGCCUGUUGAGGCGCAACAGCGCCACCAGACGCAGCGGCCCGCGGAGACAGCGCGUCGAGAGAUGCUGCGUAGCUUCUUCAACAUGCCGCUGUGGCUCACCGAUGCGCUGAUCGUCAUUGGGAUGGCGACCAUCGCCAUCGCGGCCGUGAUGUUGGUCGUCGACCUCUCAAGGCUUUCGUCCGCGGCGGGGAUGAAGACGGCCACGUGGCAGAUGGAGCCGACGGCGAAGAGGUAG